AUGCCCUCCUUGAAAGGUCGAGCUCUUUUUGCGGCAGUCACCUCUUUGACAUGUCUCGGUUUCCUGCUCGUAGGAUAUGACAAUGGAUUAAUGGGAGGUCUGGUCGAAGCUUCAACGUUCAAAAAGACCUUUGACAAUCCAAGUCCGACCAUCACUGGCCUCAUGGUUGCUAUUUACGAGGUUGGCUGUUUCAUUGGCAGCGUAGUCACCUCCAUCUUUGGAGAGCGCCUCGGUCGAAAGAAAUGUAUCGGCACUGGAGCUGUGAUCAUGGUGCUUGGCGCAAUCCUGCAAGCCACGGCUUAUUCCAGAGCGCAAAUGAUCGUUGCUAGAGUGGUGAGUGGCAUCGGAAUGGGUGGCAUCAACAGCACUGUUCCGGUUUUCCAAGCCGAGUUCAGUCCAAAAGCAACCAGAGGGCUCUAUGUUUGCAUGCAGCUUUCGACCCUGAACCUCGGGAUAUUUCUCGCAUACUGGGUUGAUUACGGUUUCGUGCAAUCAUAUCCAGAUUCGAGUGUCUCUUUCCGCCUACCAUGCAUUCUUCAAUGUAUAUUCCUUCUACCGAUGCUGAUUCUGUUAUGCCUCGUGCCCGAGUCACCGCGUUGGCUGGCAUCGCACUCGGAUGGAAGUCGAUCCCUUAAAGUGCUUCAAGAUAUGCAUACUUAUCAUAUGAGCGAAGAAAAGAUAUUCGCACUCAAUGCUAGCAUCGUUCAAGCCGCCAGCUACGAAGCAUCUCUCGGAGCAGGAAAGUGGUCUGCGCUAAAUCCAUUCCGGAUCCCCAACAGGACCAACAAGUCCUUCCUCUGCCACGAUGAUAGAAUUUCAUCGCGAAGAAGAUUCUUUCUAGCAUGCGCCUUGCAGAGUAUGCAGCAACUCGGUGGCAUCAACGCACUUAUAUAUUAUUCGACAACAUUAUUCCGCACGUCUCUCGACUUUACCCCUCAUCUGGCCUCUCUGAUGUCGGGAUUUCUUCAGACAUUCUUCUUUCUCGCAUCGUUUAUACCUUGGGCGCUGAUCGACCGCAUUGGCCGACGCCCCUUGCUCCUCUCCUGUGUUGCCAUCAUGUCUCUUGUGAUGGCCACUGAAUCUGGUCUUAUUUACAAGGUACAAAGCGAUAAGGAUAUAAGCAAAUCUUAUGGCAUCGGUGCUGCAGCCAUGUUGUUUUUAUUUGAGGGAGCCUUCACCGCAGGCUUCCAGGCCACCAUUUGGGUACUUCCUUCAGAACUUUUACCACUUCGUCUACGAGCACAGGGUAGUGCGGUUAGUACCGCGUGCAAUUGGAUCAUCAAUUACAUGAUAGUUCAGGUUACCCCGAUUGCUUUGGAUCGAAUCGGAUGGAGAACCUAUAUUAUUUUUGCAGUGCUCAAUAUAAGCUUUGUUCCGGUAAUAUGGGCAUUUAUCCCGGAGACAGCCGGUCUGGAAUUGGAAGAAGUUGAUCAACUCUUCAUCAAUAUGAGGCAACAAGGAUUUUACCCCGACGAUGAAGCAGAUAUUCAUGAUCAUAGUCCACCAGUUGAAUGA